GAGCAGGGGCGGACUGACCAUUUGGAAACUCGGGCACUGCCCGAGGGCCCGGGGUCAGUAGGGGGCCCCAUGAGAUGCCCCUGGUACCUUUUGCAUAGGCUUUUUUGAGUUUGGGCAAGGACACAGGGGCCCCAUGAUCCCCUAUUGCCCGGGGGCCCCAUGAGUUGUCAGUCCACCCCUGGCUCUGAGGAACACAUAUCAUACACCAAAGGGCUGCAGGCUGGGCACCAGGGCCUUAGAGUCUCCAGUCACUGGGUGGGGGGGGGCCCCAUGAGAUGCCCCUGGUACCUUUUUCAUAGGCUUUUUUGAGUUUGGGCAAGGACACAGGAGCCCCAUGAUCCCCUAUUGCCCGGGGGCCCCAU